AUGACACUAUGGUUGGAAGGGUUGGAACUGCAUGCAAAGAAUAAUAUUGGAAGGCUUGACAAUGAGAGUCUAUUUCAUCAAAACCAAAAUUUAGAUGAUUUCAGCAAUGUUCCAGACUUUGAUAAGCUUCUUGUGCAGAGCAAGGUCAAGAUGUACUCUGGAAAAAUCUUGGUGAUUCAAGAAGCAAAAGUCAAUACAUUAACUAGAGAUCAGUGA